AUGGGAGGACGCCGAGAGGAGGAGGAUGAAGAGGAGAGGGAUGAAGAGGAGAGGGAUGAAGAGGAGAGGGAUGAAGAGGAGAGGGAUGAAGAGGAGAGGGAUGAAGAGGAGAGGGAUGAAGAGGAGAGGGAUGAAGAGGAGAGGGAUGAAGAGGAGGAGGAGGAUGAGAACAACAAACAGGGUGGCGAUAGGCGCGAUGAGGACGACGGGAAUCCUGAUGGUAAAACUGGUGGUCCCGGCGGUGGGAGAACCAGGAGCCAUCAAGAUCAGGAGUCGUCUAGGAAAAGACAGAAAAGGGCCGAUGUCUCUCGACCGACCGAGUACUUGCUCCCCACUCCUGAACCAAUCAUUACAUCUUCACCAUUCCCUUCAUCUCCCUCAACACUUUCGCCGUCUUCCUUUUCGACAAUACCCUCACUCUUCAAAAUGGAACAUCCAGGCAGUGUAAAGAAGUGGUGUUUGUCUGUUGAACAGGAGGCUUCUACCGAUAUUACAUUCAUCCAUACGGCCCUCCCUCCCAAUCCUCUCUCUUUCACCACUGCCGAGCAAGUCCUUCCCCUCAAAUACUGGACUCACGCCGAAUAUAUCGACUACUUCUCGGGACUGGUCUCACCUUCGUACUGGCUACGCCCAUGGAGGUAG